CGAUCGACGUAAAGCGAGGGAGGUUUAUCGGCCGACCGGUUGAACGUCGUCACACGUCCUCGCUCGCCGGCCCGGAAGCUGGUGGCGUCUAUGCGUACACUAUAUGUGCGUCCAGCUAGGACAUUGUGUGGCCGGAGCCGGCUGGCCGCGCAGCGCUACCUCUUCGUGCCCACGAAAGCAGAGGCCGCCGGGAGCCGCCAGCUCUGGUCGAUCAUGUCGUCCAGGGAGGAGGACGUGCGCGUCAAUGGCGACCACCAGCUGGUGGCGGACGGCGGGGUCAAUGGCGAAGGCGAGGGGGAGCUUGAGGCGGUGAUGGAGCAGCAGGCGCCGGAGGGGGUGCGGGCGCUGCACGCGCGGGUGGAGGCGGAGUGGGGACCUGUGCUGCAGAGCGCGUGCCAGACAGCGGCGGCGCGAGCGCUGUGGGCGAGCGCGGUUAGGGACCCGGCGGCGGGGGUGCUGGCCGGGGAGAAACACCUCCGGGGGCUCCACGAAAAGAUGCGCCGUGACGAGCGCGCCGGAGCGCGAGAGGUGCCCGGGGUCAUGAUCGCCGUGCGGACGCUCUGGUUCGACGCCCGCAUCGAGGCCGCCGUCAGCAACCUCGGCGGCGCCCCGCAGGUCGUCCUCCUCGGCGCAGGAAUGGAUGCAAGGGCUUAUCGACUGAGCUGCCUAAAGGAAUGCACGGUAUUUGAACUAGACUUCUCGGAGCUCCUAGAAAUGAAAUCUGAUAUUCUGCAUGAAGCAAUCAGUUCCUCAAAUCAUCAGAAACUCACCAUGAUGGCAAAAUCAUUGAUCAGGGUUCCUGCCGACAUACGAGAUGUUGGCUGGAUGACCAAGCUACAGAGCUGUGGAUAUGUUCCUGAAAGAAACACCAUAUGGGUUCUUGAAGGAAUCCUCUAUUACCUUCAUCAUGUGCAUGCAAUGCAAGUCCUCGAAACCAUUGCAGCAUGUCGCGCCUCAGCCUGCACAGUCCUCCUGGCUGACUUCAUGAACAAGAACGCCACCGCACUGUCUCAGACGAUGUACCAUUUUUACCAUGACAACCCUGAUCUCCUAUUGCCUUCUAUCGGGUUCUCUCAGGCCAUGUUGUCACAAAUUGGAGAUCCACAAGCACAUUUUGGUCUGCUAAAUCACCCACAAAAUAUGUUUGAUAAGCUGAGGAGAUUGCCAAGAUCAAUGGAGACAAAUCCAGAGGAUGGCACACCAUGCCGCAGAUUGUACUUAGUAGAAGCCUCCGCUUCUCCAGAUGAUCAUACCAUCUUGUAGGACUGUACGUCCAUUGGGUCGCUGUUUGAAAUAAUUAUAUGCCUCUUUCUUUUCUUCUGA